UAUUAGUGUUUCACAGAGCAGCGUCAUUACCACACAACAUGGUUAUCCUAUAUACAGUACCUAGCGUAAAAAAAUCGAAAAUAGCCUAUUGCUUAUUCAGAAUGAUCAGUUUUUGAUGGCUUACCCGAGUGAUAAUAAAGCUAACUUAGUUUAAUGUGAUAAUUUGGCUAUUCAUCCGGUAUUUUAUUUUUUUUUUUUAAAUAGCCUAGAGACCUCAAACGGAGCCGACAAAACUCAUCUAUGCAUUUAUGUGUAAAAAAACAAGCAAACAAAAACCUAAUCGCAUAAACACAAAACUGAGCCCGAUUGGGUUUAAUAUUUAUUUUAAAUUACUUACAUUUUAAAAUAGCCUAUGUCUAAAUAGACCUAGUUGUUUCUGAAACUUUGUAAAAGAUGUAGGCUACAUGGGACAUGGGAACAGGCUUUAAUAAAUUGGCACUCUGCCACCUGAAUCGGCUCAUCUAAAAUCUCUUUCAUUCACUUGGGUAACAAAACCAACAUUAUGCAAGGCUGUGUCUGUGUGCCCGAUUGGACCUUUUUUGUCCAUAGCCUACGGUACUUUAUUUUUAAUUUUCUAUUUGAAUUGGUCUAUGGUUUAUUUUUUAUUUAUUUUUUAUCUAAGUCCAACUUUUUCGUCUUUGUUUGCUACGGCGGCUCAAAUGUUUGGACCAGGCCCAUCUCCGUCACAUUUUGUAAUAACAAUGCAUUUUUUUAGUCCAUAUUAAUCCCUUCUUAUAAACGGAAAAUAACAAGUCGAACCCCCUUCAGGCAGGCAGGUCAUGUGAGGACACACUCCUGAGCAGGAAAGGCAGGCAAAAUUUAAAAAGAAGAGGGGGGAGACUCUUUCCUUUUGAAAUGUUCCGCCACGCAGCGCAGCGUGAAAUGAGCAGCAUGUUCACUUCAUCAGCCAAUGGCCGCUUCGAUUUCGCCACUCUGUUUUCCUUUGAAUAAACGACGUUGUGAAAAGUAAACGCGACAUGUCCGCGGCUGGUCUUUUAGCGGGAACUGAAGACGCCGUGGACAGAGACGAGGAAGCGACACAGAGCUCUCACACUCGACAUAUUUCCGGGAAGCAAAAAAAAAACAAACCCAUGCGAGGUGAGAGUGACUCCUCUCGGCUCUAGACGAUCUUCCUCUCGACUCUAGUCGACCUUCAUCGGAAACAGCCGAACGUUCUGCUUCCCGUCUGUUGCCACGACAACACUAUACAACACCACCUGAAAUCCAAACCUGGACACGGCCAAGAGCAAAAACGCUAUACUGAAUCCUGCGGUAAAUUCACGGUGCUUUCUGGGGAGAUAACCCGUGUGAAAAUAAAUCCUUCCCCAGGGCAACAAUGAGCCAACGACAGAUCAUUCAAGUUUUUGAGCAGUAUCAGAAAUCAAGGAUGCAGUUUGUGCAAACUGUCGCUGAUCUGGCAGCCAGGCCCCAAAACAUAGACAUCCUUCACAGUGCUGGUGUGAUGUCAAUGCUGCGUCCCCUGAUGCUGGACGUGGUCCCCGGCAUCCAGCAGACGGCAGCUUUGGCUCUGGGCCGCCUGGCAGACCACAGCGAUGACCUGGCCGAGGCAGUGGUGAAGGAAGAUAUCCUGCCCCAGCUGGUCCACUCUUUGGCCUCACACAAUAGGUUCUAUAAGAAGGCAGCAGCGUUUGUGAUGCGUGCAGUCGCCAAACACUCCCCCGAGCUGUCCCAGGCUGUGGUGGCCUGCGGGGGAGUUGAUGCCCUGGUUCUCUGCCUGGAGGAGUUUGACCCCGGGGUGAAGGAGGCAGCCGCCUGGGCUCUCGCCUGCAUCGCACGACACAACGCAUCGCUGGCCCAGACGGUGGUGGACGCGGGUGCUGUCCCCCUGCUGGUGUUGUGUCUCCUGGAGCCUGAGAUGGCCCUCAAACGCAUCGCAGCUUCCACCCUCAGCGACAUCUCCAAGCACACGCCGGAGCAGGCCCAGACCGUGGUGGACAAUGGUGCCAUCGCCCACCUGGCACAGAUGAUCCUCAACCCAGACCCCAAACUCAAGAGGCAGGUGUUCUCAGCCCUCAGUCAGAUCAGUAAGCACUCGGUCAGCCUGGCGGAGAUGGUGAUAGAGGCUGAGAUCUUCCCUGCAGCUGUAGUCUGCCUCAGAGAUCCAGACGAGUAUGUCCGGAAGAACGUCGCCACCCUGUUGAGGGAGGUGGUGAAACACACACCAGAGCUGUCCCAGGUGAUUGUGAAUUGUGGUGCCAUCACAGAAGUGAUCGACUAUCUUGGUGCUUGCCGUGGAAACCUGCGCUUGCCGGCGAUCAUGAUGCUGGGAUAUGUGGCAGCUCACACUGAGAACCUUGCCAUGGCUGUCAUUGUGUCCAAGGGGGUGCCACAGUUGGCCCUGUGUCUGUCCGAAGAACCUGAACAUCACAUCAAGGCAGCCGCAGCCUGGUCCAUUGGCCAGAUAGGUCAUCACACCCCUGAGCACGCCAAGGCAGUGGGCACAGCUAACCUGCUGCCCAAACUGCUGGAGCUCUACAUGGACGCCAGCAGCUCUGAGGACCUGCAGGCCAAGAGUAAGAAGGCUCUGAAGAGCAUCCUGCAGAAGUGCACCUACAUCCCAGCUCUGGAGCCCCUCCUCUACGAUGUACCAAGCAACAUCCUCAAACAUGUAGUCUGCCAGUUCAGCAAGGUGCUGCCCCAUGACCCUAAGGCUCGCCGUCUGUUUGUGACCAGCGGGGGUCUGAAGAAAGUGCAAGAGAUCCAGGCCGAGCCCGGCUCCCCUCUACAGGAGCACAUCAACGCUAUCAACAGCUGUUUCCCUGAAGAGAUAGUCAGGUACUACUCCCCUGGCUACUCAGAGGUCUUGCUGGAGCGGCUGGAGAGCUACCAGCCAGCCUGACAUCAGUUCACACUACACAUCCUGUUGAAAUGUUAACAUGAAGAUGUACCAUGCAUACACAGUAAAUACAAGAUGUUUUUUCAAAAAACUGUUUUCCAUAUUUUAUAUUGCGUUUGUGUUGUCACUUUUAAAUGCAUGUUGAUUGCAACUGCAGCUUGUAUUUAGACAGAUUUAGACAGUAUAUACAAAUAUUGCCACUGUAUGUUACGUAAGAGACCUUCAAGAUAAAAUAAAAGAACAACAGCCCUG